AUGGCCCUGAGCACGUCUGCUAAAGACGCCGAGGAUGCGGCAGAUGGCUUCACCGGUUUUCGUCGCCCUCUGCCCGACCAUGCGGCAGAGGUUACUGGCUUGAUCUCUGAUCUCUAUGCCAUCAGCUCAUCGUUGACUGCCAUAGAGACCCUUUCGCAAGAUGUUCUCUAUAGGCGCAAUUGGGCCCGUAUUCAGCCUGAUAUCGAAUUGUUACGCAAGAGCCUGAAGUACACACUGGACGAGAUCUUCGAUCAUUUCCGUCGGUUAGAGGGGAAAGAGUCUCCUGAUUCCUAUAGGCGGGUUUGGAUGUCGCUGGAACGGACUUUCUGGGAUGAGUCGCAAUAUGCUCUUUCGACUCGACUAUUGAAAUAUAAGACUUUCCUAAGAGAAACGACUGAAGUGAUGAAGGAUCGACCCAGUGGACUUCCGCUCCUCGCUUCCUCUCGUAGCAGUCUGAGAAACCUCCUCGCACUACAGGAACAACGCGUACUUUCUCGUUUUGGACGCAUGUCGGUUAAUAAUAAUCAUCCUCCGUCGAGACCUCCAUCAAGACCAUCUUCAAGACCUCCUUCUAGACCUCCUUCUAGACCUCCUUCGAGAGGCAAUGUGGUGAUCGAUAACGGACGUCCCCCUUCCAGAGGCCAUGUCGUGAUUGAUCCCCCGAGUCCGGUCAGUGACCGUGACCGACGCCGGCGCCGGUCGUUUGAGCGUGUUCGUCCAGCACAUCUAUCCCCACAGUCCCCUCUGUCGCCUUUAUCUGGGACAUUCUCCGAUAGCAUCCCUCCGUCGGUUCCUGAGGCACCUAGUUCACCCCUAACUGGGUCUGGAUCUGCUGGUACAGCGAAUAGCCAGUCAACCCAGAAUGAUGCGAUACAAUAUCACUGGACAAGUCAGAACCACAUUCCUCUCUGUUUGGGGUACACUGCUGACAACAUUGCAAUUUGUAGAGCCGGAUGCUUUGAUGAGCCUCAGACGAACAUUAAGCCAAUAUUGAAGGAGCAAGGAUUUGAGAAGAUUCUCCAAUUAGCCUUUAAUGACACCUCGGAGAUGAAUACAUACUUCUAUUUGCGUGACAGAGAUCAUCGUGCUCGAAUUGUCUGCAAGGUGCCCCACCGCACUAGACCAAGUGAAUUGUUCUGUCUACCUUUGAACAUGCUGGAGGUUGUUCAGAAGGACUGCUGUCUCCAGCUGUGUCGAAGACGAAACGGAGGCAGGGAACUGGUUCUAUGGGCACGUCUCAAAUUCACGACUCUUGAAAGUAUGGUGGUCUUCUUCUGUUCUUUCCUGGCUCUUCGCUCUCAAGAUGGCGGUCGACCCGUGGAGGAUAUCAAGGAUCACGAAUUGGCGGAUGAGGAGGAGCUAUAUGGCGGCACCAUCGAUGACGACAGCUAUACUCAUGCCUUGCGGGUUUAUCAGCACAAGACAACCGGAGCUGUACGAUUGCAGGCCUCUGUUCAUAAAGGGGAUAUGGACCGUACUCCCGUAUGGACUGCUUUCGUCACUCAUCUUCUCGAUCGAUCACGAUGGUUAAAAUCCUUGGAUUCGCGAACAGUCGCAGUCCGCGACCUGAAGUUAACGAUUUUCAUGUCUCCCGAGGACUAUUCUCCCCCAUCUACCGCUCGUGGAGAGCAUAUUCUCAAAUUCACUUCCCGGAGUGAUGCCGACAGUUUCUUGGAUAUGAUGGAUGAGCUUGCUUGA